CUCUCUCUUGCUGCGUCGGGCUGCACCGCACCGCCCCCGAGGAGGAGACUUGCGAUGGGCAAGGUUUGUGCCAUUUUUGGGGGAUCCCGAGGAAUAGGAAAAGCUGUUGCAGAACUGCUGGCACAGAAAGGCUGCCGCCUGGCAAUCAUUUCUAGGAAUCUGGAAGCAGCCCAAACCACUGCUCGCAAUCUUGGUGCAGGACAUCUGGCACUUAGCUGUGAUGUAUCCAGCGAACAAGAAGUUGAAAAUACUUUUGAGGAGAUGAAGAAGAAUUUAGGUCCUCUUAACUACUUGGUUAAUGCAGCUGGGAUCAACAGAGAUGGUUUAUUACUGAGAACCAAAACUGAAGAUAUGAUAGCCCAGAUUCACACUAACCUUUUGGGAACAAUGUUGACAUGCAAAGCUGCUGUAAAAGUCAUGAUUCAACAACAGGGAGGUGCUAUUGUCAACAUAGGAAGUGUUGUAGGACUUAAAGGCAACUCUGGUCAAAGCGUGUACAGUGCUACCAAAGCAGGAUUAGUUGGAUUUUCACGCUCUCUUGCUAAAGAAGUAGCAAAAAGGCAAAUUCGAGUGAAUGUGGUUGUUCCAGGCUUUAUUCACACAGAGAUGACUGCUCAUUUGGAAGAGGAUCAGCUGAAGAAAGCAAUUCUCCUUGGAAGAUUUGGAGAGCCUCAUGAAGUUGCACAUGCUAUUGUCUUUCUUCUAGAGUCCCCCUAUGUUACAGGGAGUACUCUAAUUGUAGAUGGAGGCUUACACCUUAUGACUUAAGUACUACUUUGAAUAAGAAUCUACGUAAAUGUCAUUAUAAUAAUAUAAAAAAUAAAAGGGGGCAGGUUGAAAUUAGUUGAAGAUUGAUGUAUGUAAUUGAUUUGAAAGUCUUCAUUCAGAGGAGAAAUUUAUCAGCAGUGGGUCUGUUUCACAGAAUCACAGAAUACAUCUGGUUGAAAGGAUCCUCAAAGAUCAUCCAGUCUGACUCUUGACACAGCAUUGAACAGUCAACACUAAACCAUGUCCCUAAGCACCAGGUCCACAUGCUGUUUAAACACCUCCAAGGAUGGUGACUCCACCACUGUGAUUUAGUACUGUGAAGCCUGUAUGUAACAAUUUGCAAAAGAUCUGGGUUUGUUAUUAUGAUAUUUUUAAAUAACAUACUGAAACAUUUUUAAAGUACUGUAUUUUGAUGAAGUUAUGUUUUCCAGUUUGGGGUAAAGAUUUUAUCUGAAUUGUCAUGUUGUACAAAGGUUAAUAAAGUGUG